GGUUUAGCUAGAGACUUAAGCCAAGCGCCCGGAUGCGUUACUGCAGCAACAUCUAAACGCCUCAAUGCCUUUUUCUGGCGAGAAAGGAAAAUCAAGAAAACCAGCAACCAUCGCGCUAAAGCGUCUUCUAUCGGACUGGGAUCAGGGCUCGAAAGUCGUGAGAGAGAGGAUUUUGAGAGAUUUUAUUAAACUGAACGAACACAGAACGGCUCCCGAGUUGGAAGAUGAACUAGCUGAGGGUGCCAGCUUGUUCCUUGCACGUUUGACAGCUUGGCUGAGACUGACGUACAUGCUGGGAACAUGUAUACAACUACAGCUAAAAGCAAUAUCAAUCUUUGUCGGCUCUUGCAGUGGGUACAAGUUUCUUAACGAGUUUAUUGAAGUCGGAGGCAUUAUGACAGCUUUAGAGAUAUUAGGAUUGAGACAGGCAACAGAGGAGGGCAAAAUGGAGGCACUGAGGUUACUUCUAAUUGUAGCUAAAGGUGGAAGAAAGUAUAAGGAAUUGAUCUGCGAAAGUUUUGGUGUAAAAGCAGUAGCCGAGUGCCUUGCUCGUGUUGAUUCUGAUAACUUGAGAGAUAAGGCGAGAGUGUUGCUGCACGAGUUGGCAAAUGGUAACCCUAAGUAUCAACCACAAGUCUAUAAAGCUCUCAUUGCACUUCUCUCAUCGAGCUCUCCGUCUGCUAAACAAAUGGCGGCUAAGACACUUCGGAUCAUUCAGCCAAUGGUUGGACGAGCAAGUUCUAGUGUUGUCGAGCCUGUUCUCAUGAUGUUGAGGAGCUGUCAUUUGGGUGUACAAUAUGAAGCUUGUGAGUUACUCAAGCACCUUGUGGAAUAUGAAGACGUGUCUCAGUCUAUCCUAGUUGGAAUUGUAUCUUUACUUCGUCCAUCAGUAGAUGAAAACACAUCACAGUCAAAACCAUCUAUUCUUGCAGAUGACUCUAUUGGUGCAAUUCCAGCUCCAUUACCUGUGUUUAUACAACAAGCAGGUGCUGCUCAUGUCCUUGGCAUACUAACAAGAAGUUCACCAGCUUUAGCAGAACGGAUUAUUAAGCUCAGAGCUAUUCACAAUCUUCUAUUUGCACUUGGAAAUAGAGCUCAUCCUGAUAGUCAGAGACAAGCAGCAUUGACGCUAUCAUACCUUAUCGAUAACUACCCACUAAUAUCUGAGAAAAUCGGAGCAGCAAUAGGAGAUGACUUUUUCCAAUUAUUCAUGGCGGAAAGGGACAGAAUGUACAUUAGCCUUACUGAUGUACAGUCAGACAUUUUAGUAUCAAAUCAAGUCAACAUUCCAGCCGGUAUGAUCUCUAGAGGUAUUCAAGCAUGGAAGUAGUUGCCAAUGUAUUGAUGUUUGUAGCCAUGACUAGCUUUAAUGAUUAAUGCAGCCCUGGCAAGUUAUAUUUGUGAUGCUGUUGGUCACAGGCAGGUAAUGCCUGAGCAAGUGAUGUUUUAAGGCAUAUAUUUUUGGUUAUGUUCUACACCAAGGAGAGGCAAUUUGUUGAUGAGAUGGGUUGAGCCAAUUUUAUAGUUG